ACCACAACUAUCAAGGGCGUUAAAACUAUUGGAGUAGAUCACGGCCGGCGACGGACUGGCAUCUGCGCAUCAGUCGGAUAUGCCCCUAGACCGUUGCGUGUGAUUCAACACAACGAUGACAACAAGUUUGUCGCAACAGAAAUAGCGGAAGAAGUUAGGAAGGAGGCUGCUCAGCACAUCGUGGUCGGCCUUCCCUUAGACUCGCAAGGAAGGGAAGGGGAGCAAGCGAAUUACACGAGAGUUUUCGUUGAAUGUUUGAAGCAAGCCUGCCCUCAAUGCACAAUUUUCCUCUGGGACGAGAGGUACAGCACUGUAGAUGCAACUGAGAAGCUCAGGUCUCUUGGCUACAACAGCUUUGACAUGAAGGGAAUGAUCGAUGUGGUGGCGUCCAUCGGGAUUCUGACCGACUUUUACCACAAAGAUGGAAAAGGAGCA